UACUGCAACGUCGCUUCAAAAUGCAGAGCACUUUUUUAGGGUUAAAUUAAUGCAGAGAUUGAAAAAAUUCUUACUCGUCCUAAUAGAGCUAUUCUAGAUCUAGAAAUUAGAUUUAAAAUAAGAUAAUAAGUCAAAAUUAUAUAUAGACAAAUAAGGAUGGACUAUACAGUAUACUACACUAACACAGUAUUGGCAUUGCAUAAAUGAUAUAAAGGACCAAGAUUUAGGCCUACACAUUAAUCUAGAUCGAAUAAUCCAUAUGACUUUUAUAGAUCUACUGCUACAAAUACAGUAGUAGAUCGAGAUUCAGUUACUGAGCUAAGACACAGAAUUGAAACAAACAUUAAGUUAUGGCUUCAAGCUCUGUUAGUCAAGAGAGCUUGGAUAUGGAGGACCUGGAUAUAUCUCGUAGAAACAGAACUCGUGUGCACAGGGUUCACAGUGGUAGAGGAGUCCUUCCUUACAGAGCUCCCCCAGACUGCAUUGAUGGAGAGCUAGAUAAAGACGGGGAUCACCAAAAUGGGGAAUCUAAUGACACUUUGGGUUUUUCUAGUCAAGGACAUCUUCCAGCUGAUCAUGAAUCUCCUACAAGAGGGGCAGCUGCUAGACUGAAAGAAAAAAGGAAUGUGCGCAGCCAUAUGAAAGGCAAGCUUCCCAAGGACAAAAGGAAGUUACGAGAGAAAAGAAGAAGCACUGGGGUUGUUCACUGUAUUCCUUCAACAGAGAGUACUGGUGAUUCUUUAGAUGAUGAAGAUGAUGAUGAGGAAACCAGCCACGAUACAAAAAAGAACACCAACUAUAAUGAAGGGACAGGACGUCAUCAUGAAAGUACUCAUGAAAGCAGAUAUUCUUCCAAUACAGUUUACUCACAAAGACGCAACAAAAGCCCUUCCGACCUUGAAGCAGACCUUGAAGACAAUCAGGAUUAUGAUAGCACAGUCAGCCACUCAGAAACUAACCUUUCGAUAAUUGGGCGAUCUCAAUCUUCUGAAGUUUCUGUAAAUUUACCCAGAAAGCAAGUUGUUGGGAGUGGUAACAGCACAUAUCACACUGCUACGUUCAGUUCAAAGUUUUCCCCAGAAUCUAACCGCGCCCAAAAAUUUGAACUCUCUAGUGAUGCAGACUCCUCUUCCAAAACAAACGCUUCAUCUGCGUCUUCUUGUACAUCUUCUUUUCUUUCUCGCUACUGUGAUGGAGACUCCCCACAGUCAACUGCUGGAAAUUCUACUGGCUAUAAUGAUGCAACUCCAGAGUCGGAUUCUCCUCACAGAAAGUUUGCUAGUCAGUCAACUAAUGCUGCCUCCGACGUCGGGCAAUCGUUGCAUACUAGACCUGUAAAUUUUUCAGUCCUUCGUGACAGUUCCAACUCACAGUACAAAAGUGAUAAAACUUCCCAUUUUCCCAGUGCCUCACGAUUCAGAGAACAGGAACUUGGGAGUAGCAAGAGCACUUCAGGGGUUGGUACAAUCGCAACUCGUUUGGCUAGUUACCAGACCCCUCGUCCUUUUGUACCAUCUGGAUUUACUUCUGUGACAAGUCAGCAGCAACAAAAUGAAACUAUUGCUCAGCUGGAGAAGCUGUUAGAAAAAGAGAAAGAGGAAAAUAAAAGGUUACAGCGGCAGUUAGAGGAGAAAGAUAAAAAGAUAACCGAGCUAGAAAAGGCAAUUGAAUUAUUAAAUGAGGAAUGUGAUGGCUUAGAUGAAGAUAACAUAAAACUUCAAGAAGAAAACAAGGCACUUAUAAGGGCUAUGUCCAAGCUGACUUCCAAUGUGUAAUGGUACAAUAGUCAACUCUGUGAUGGUACAAUAGUCAACUCCCAUAUUGUUGGUGUGAAGAGCUAGCGGUUGAGUCAAGAGAUGUCUCAUUUUAUGUACAACUUUGUAGUUGGUGUUUCUUGUCAAGUUUCUUUAUAACUUUUUAGUCAAUGUUUAGUUAACUGAUAUUCAAUUGUUAUCUAGCCUUUGUCAUUUGAAAUAUAUAUUCAUUGAAAUCUGUGGUAUCAUCAUUUCAUCAUGUCUUCAUCAUUCAACCAUUUCAACUAGAAAUGCAUACUUUCACCAACACUGAAAACUAUAUAUAUUUUAAAAAACAAAGAUUCAGAAACUAAGUGAUACAGUCUUCACUGUCAAUGUUAUAAAGCUUUGAAAAAAAUAUUUUUAUCAAAUAACCCUGUAAAUAAAUGCUAUUUCAUUACAAAUUUUAAGGAUGAAUUAGUAUUUUGGAAUAAAUUAAAUGUCUUCAAUGGUUUUGAAGUAAUUUUAAAGUGGGGUCAAGUUUAUUUACAACACAGAAAUUGUUUGUAACACUUUCAGUUAAUGAUUGGUUGGGUGAGAAAUACAUAUCUCAGCCAUGUGUUUUUUUUGUAUAGUAUAUAUAUGUUUGUAUAGUAUACAAACAUAGCAGAGUUGUGACAUUUUUGACAGUUGUAUGUGUUCAGGCUACCUAGAAGGGGGCUCGAGGUUCGACACCUGACUCGGGCAGAGUUGUGUUUACUGAGCGCCUAAAGGCAGCACGGAAAACCAACUCCUAGAUACCCCCUCCCCCCCACCGGUCCACAAAUGAGAUUGGACCAAAAGCGCUCUGAGCAUGCUAUAAGCAUGAAAGUAGCGCUAUAUAAAAGCUAUAAUAAUAAUAAUAAUAAAAAACUGUGUGGGCAUUUUGUGGGCUAAUGCUACAGAUUUAAGUGUUGGCAUUAUCUCGGCUUUUUUAUUCCCUUCUCUAAAAAAAAAAAAUAGAGGUUUCUACUGUUUUACAUGUUUCUGUUAUUCAUGGAUGUUCAUGUAUUAGUUUAGAUCUUGACAAAAAAUGUGUUUUUAAAAAGUUUUAGAAUUAUAUCAUUUGAGUGAUCCAAAGAAAUGGAAAUGUACUUUGACUACAAGGAAUAUUCUGUAACAAACAUAGCAAUAAUUUAAAUGUCACACAAACAAACAGUUGUCUACAGAAAAUAUAAUGCAUCAAGUUCAAGUACUUCUAUACAUUGUCGAUAGAUUUUGUUUCAAAGUCUCACACAUUCAAAUAAUGUUAGAUUAGCUUCAGAACUUAAAUUACACUCUUCCCAUGAUGAGGAUGAAUCACAUUUUGUGUAUGUGUACAUACAAUCAUUGGCUUGAAUAUGUGUACAUAAAGGUGGAAGUUCAGUCAUUGGCUUGAAAAGCUAUGUUCAUUUGAGGCAUGCAUAGGUGGGAUUGAUUCAGGCAUGGGCUUCUUUCUCUGAGCAUCGUGGCCAAAACCUUCAUGUUCACCGCUCAAUGCAACUGAUCUUGAGCUUAGCGAACAGGAUAAUAAUAAUGGCAAUGUCUUCGAUUACGGAGAAUUGUGAGCUUCAAAGCAAAUUAUGAAGCAAGCUAUUCGUGUAAAAACGUUUCAUCUUCUGACAAAUGUAUGAUGUUGCCGAGUGUUGAUUGAAUUUAGGCUAAUUUAUGUUUAGAAUAGCAUAAUUUAACUUGUACAACAGGCUGUGCAAUUCUUAAUGGUAUUAGGAUAGAUUGUAAAGCUGGGAAAAAAAACGUGAUAAGUGAUUCCAAACUGUGACCAAUACUUAUUCUCUUACCAAAUUUCUAGUUAUUUAAUUCUAAAAUAGUUCAAAAUGUGUCUAGCUUAGUCAUAUCAGUUGUAAUAACUAUGUUUACCCCAAGCCUAUUGUAUCAAGCAAAAGAGAUGUCCAGGAAGUCUUGUUGGCUCUGUUGUACAUUUCAUUGGACUUGGAUUAACAAGAUGUCUUUCAUUUGAUGCAUACUUAAACAGUAUACUCUCAAUGUUCUUGAUUGUUCAUUUGUUCUUAAUAAAAGGACUAAAUUAGGAUAAUAAUGUUUUUGGUCAGUCGUUGGUUGGUAGCACCAAACCGCUAGUACAACUAAACGGAUGUAAUACAGAACUUUGAAAUAGCGUUAACUUCUUUUUCAAAACAAAACUAAAUAAACCUUUUAUAAACAGUAUAGACAACUUCAACUUGAGAUGAGAUAAAGUUCUAAUAGUAAUGAUGGCAUUUAAACAAAAUCUUACUCACUACAAAACAUAUGUCCUGAUUGUUUCAAACCUCUGUGGUGUCUCAUUCUUAACAUAGAUUGUCACAGAGCUGCUUAUCUUGCAUCAUUCUACAAGACUAACAAUUAAUGCUCCCUUUCUUCAUCAUCGCUUAGAAACAAACACACACACACACUCCAUAGCAAAAAAAAAAAUUAAAAAGGAAUCGUCCUUCAAUCUUAUCUGCUUUGAUUGUACAUUAUUUAAUAAUAAUAACAAUAGUUUCAGAAAUCGCCUACAAAACUAGCGUAAAAGUUGUUUGCAAAUUCAUGCAUUUUUAAGGCAAGCCAGAUCAAAAUGACUAUAUCAGAUCUGUCUCCUACAAAAUAACACAAUAAAAAAUGAACAUUAAAACAGCCUGUGACUGUAAUUAUUUAGAUUAUUAUAUUGUUAGGCCUUUCUGUUCAAGCCCAAAUGGAGUUUGUGAAACAAGGCUUUUUUUUUUUAAAUUAGGGGCCUUUUUUUUAAAUUGAUGUAUUGAGAAAACUUUGUAACAAGCUUUUUAGACUUUUAAGAGACAUUUUGUUAUGUCUAAUUCUUGCUUUGUUUACAUUCCCUGAUUUGUCGAGUCACUAUACAUUUUAAUUAUUUUUUUAAAUUAAGUAUCCCUAUCAUUUUUGUUUGUUUGCAAAGUUUUUGCACAUACUUUUUAAUUAUAUUAGAUAUGUCUGUCUAAUAUAUGAUAUAAUGCAGAAACAAAAAAAAACACAGUUUAUUUCAUUUUCAGAACUGUAAAAGCUUUUCAUUUUGUUUGUAGUCAUUUUCAAAGGAAUGUAUGCCGCUUGAAAAGUAUCCAUUAUAUUAGUCACGUUUUUUGACAGUGAAAACUCAAAAUGUAACAAAAGAUUAGUCUGAAGGGUAUGUGUGUUCCAUUUCACUCAUAAUACAAUGAUAUAUAUUAAAUAAUGUACAUAUUUGACAAAUAGCAUAAAAUUUAAUUGGUAAAUGUGCGCAAUAUUCCCAUUUAGACAUUUUCUACACUGAUCCCUACUCAUAUCAAUAAAUCUUCAAAAUAUAUGGUCUAUGCAUUGACUUUAUUUUCAUUUAUGCAUUUUUUAAAAUUUAAACAUAAAAUUUUAAAGAUCCAUAGUAUUUCCUCUAGAUCUCUGAAAUUGUUUUCUAAAAAAAAUUAUUUCAGAAUUUUAAUUCCUUGUUUUCAGUUUUUCUUCUUGAAGAUUUUAGAAUUCAAAUUAUACUUUCUAUUUUUUUUUACAUAGCAAAUAUAGUUAUAUAGAUGAGAUUUUUCACUUUAUACUAUCAAUCACUAGGUAUUAAUGCUUACUUGUUCAGAUGCCAUGUCAAUAAAGUAGAUUCACAACAUACAUGUAAAAUUAACUCCAUGGGUGAAACAAAACAUUAAAUAAUUUCUGGAUUUUAGGCUAUUAUUGUUUUUUUACAACAAAAUAGGCUCUGUAUAUUUGUUUCAAUCUGUUGGUCAAUACCUGCCAUUUCUUCAUCAAUAUGUAGCCAUUAUUACAUUAAGAGAAGUAAUCUACUCCCAACUAAAAAAAAAAGAAAAGAAAUUAACUUUUUGAUGGUAUAUUUGUAUUUUUCUACAUAAUAAAAUGCCAUGACUGAGUAUAAUUCUGUAAUUUCAUAUUUUUGUUCUGAAACAUGUCAUUGUGUUUUUAGUUAGUGUUAGUACAUAAAGUCAACUAAAUCAUUAGUUAGUGUUAGUACAUAAAGUCAACUAAAUCAUGUACAAGAAUGAAAGACAAAUGUUUAUAGCACAAAAUGAAACUUCCUUUUUUUUUUUCAUUGAAUAACACCCAACUCACAAUUGUAAACAUUUGAUAAAAACAAAAAAAAAAAGGAAACUAGUUUUACCUAGUCAAGUGAAAGAGAAUUUAUAAGGUCUAGAUCUUCAUGUAGAUAUAGAAUUGAUAAGUCGAAAAGUAGAGUGAAUAUAGUACUAUUUGGGGGGGGGGGGGGGAGUGGGGGUUAUGGAAUACCAGAGUUCAUUUGUGGAUUGUACAUUGUAAAGCACUAGUAUCAGCUAGUUAAUUUAUAUAUUAAAAGUUUUAGUUUUUUUUUUUUGUUUUCUUUUUUAAAAUGCUUCAUUGUUUGAAAAUAAAACAAACUUGUGCGACUCCGCAAUUUGUUUCUCUACUUGUCGUCCAAAGAUCGACAUCCUUAAAAUCAAAGUCAUAAUUAUUGUUUUUGUUUUUUUUGUAUGAUUUAUUUAUGUACACUAUUUAUUUCAUGUACAACUUGUGACAUCAUCAAUGUGAAAUGGGUUAUAUUUUAAUAUUUACUACUUUUGGCUUUUGUUUACAUUCCUUGUGAGAUACAAUAUUCAGUUAUAUUAUAAUUAUACUAUCAUUUAAGUGAUGUUGUGAGAACUCUAAUUGUUAUAGCUAUACAUUUCAUCUGAAAGUUGAUUCAUUCCAUGAAAGUAAAAAAACAAUUUUUACUUAAGUAUUUUAUUGAUUGAAAAGAACUGUUGCUUAAUUUUGUUUCAACUCCUAGAAUGUUUUGUUUAGAUUAAGACUAAUAAAAUUAAGUCAUGUC